UUUCCAGUACGCUGCGCCCUAUACCCGCUGACGCUUGUGAAGACACAGAUACAGCUGCAACGUAAGAAGGAGGCCUACAGCGGAGUCGCCGACGCCAUCUCCAAGAUAUACAGACAUGAAGGCGUCUCUGGCUUGUACCGGGGCUUCUGGCUGUCCAGUUUUCAGAUAAUUUCGGGUGUAUUCUACAUCUCCACAUAUGAGGGGGUACGGCACGAAUUAGGAAAAUAUGACGUUAGCCCCAAACUAAAAUCGUUCAUAGGUGGCGGUUGCGCGUCGCUCGUAGGACAGACCAUCAUUGUACCUUUCGAUGUGCUCAGCCAACACCUGAUGGUGCUGGGGCUGAUCAGGGGACGCGCCGGCGGCAGCAGGAACCCUAAAAUCAACCCACUAGGUUUAAACCUAGACGCGCGAUUAUCGAAAUCACAGCUAGCCCGCGAAGUAGCGCGACGGGUAUACCAGCAACAUGGGGUACUUGGGUACUACCGCGGCUACCUCGCCUCUCUUGCCGCAUACGUACCUAACUCAGCGCUAUGGUGGGCGCUAUACACAGCUUAUCAAGACGAGCUGUUAAAGAUAUGUCCGUCGUGGGUGUCGCACCUGCUCAUACAGUGCGUGGCGGGCACGCUAGGCGGCUUCACGACCACCAUCCUCACCAACCCGCUCGACAUCGUUCGAGCUAGAUUACAGGUAGAAGGCGUCGGCACAAUGCGACAUGUAUUCAAAGACCUCUGGGCCGAAGAGGGUCUGUGGGGCCUCUACGCGAAAGGUCUCUCAGCGCGACUGUUGCAGUCGGCGUGUUUCUCAUCCUCCAUCAUACUCGGCUACGAAACCAUCAAGCGACUGGCGCUGGCCGACCAGUACCGCGCGCACGUGCGCUGGUAAUAAACAACAACACACA